GGGUUCAUUCCGCUUCGAAUUCCGCUUCGAAAAUUGGUUCGAAAUAUUUUAAACAGAUUGUCUGAUUGGGUUCCGUUUCGAUUCCGUUUGAGCAUUUUUUGCACAAGGGCGACACCUGCUGGUGUACGGCGGAACCUCGAUGACAUUUCGCCGCGUUUCGCCGAAGUGGUUUUUCUUUAAGCGUGUGAGUGUUGCCUGCUGAAGCAAAUGCCAAACUUGCUCAAUCAGGAUUUUUUUCGAGUGCCGACAAAGUGCCAGCAAGUCUCGUGAUGGACGCAGCAGUCGAAGUCCCCGCGGAGGAAAUCGCGCCAACAGGUGGUGAACUUCCGCCGGAGUGCUGCGGUCUGGGGUCCUCAGGCCAUCAAGUACGCCGGCAUUACGAUGUUGGUGGCCCUCGCCAUCAUCGACGGAGUGGCCGCGGUUUAGCGACCGGACGGAAGUUUCAGUGCCACGAUCGACGGCAACGAGCACGACAUGCGCUUUGUUUACUGUGCCGCGGCCGCCUGUGCUAUGCCGAACGACUGGAGAUGCGUCGAUCAGCGGAAGAUGGCAAGAGAAGGAAGUGUCGAUCGGUGGCGCAGUACCACAUUCCGGAUUGCUGAUUGCGAUGGGCGUCUUGUUGUGCCGUCUAGUGCCGGGGUUGCGAUCAGAUUCUUCCGAUUGAUGUCAAGGCCUCGACAUCGCUGAAUGAUGCGAUAUAAUAAGGACGGGGCCCGUGAAUAAGCCGGCUAAGGAAGAGAAGGCGCCGGAAUAACUACGGGGGCCUAGAAACCCAUCGAGAUCAUAGAUGACCCCAUUCUGCGCCACUUUUACGACAAGCGCAUAGGUGUGGAAGUCGGUGCCGAUCAUCUGGGCGAUGAAUAGAAGUUAUACGUCUUCAAGAUUGCCGAUGUCAACGACAAGCAAGGCGUGCUGACCAACCCGCGUGUCCGUCUGCUGCUGAAGAAGGGCCACUUUUGCUGUCGGUCGCGUUGUGCCUUCCGAUACGAGCGUGCCGCGUCGUCUUGAAUCGAAGCGAGCAACCAACAACCGCAAACUGUGCAUCCUGUCCAAAGAGGACGACGUCCACCGGUUUGUGGUGAAGCGCCCACUGCCAGAGAUGGACGGCAAGAAGACCAAGUUGAAGGCGCCCAAGAUCCAGCAUCUCAUCACGCCGGUGGUGCAGGAGCGCAAGGAGGUCAUAGCCGAGUUCCUGAAGGUUCUGACCCUGUGCCGUCGCCAGCAGCAUAUUCGUCGCCGGUCCCGACUGUCGUCGAUACGUGACUCGCGCAGGUUGGUCGGUUCCGGAGGAGGACAAUCAAGGCUGCCAAGAAGGUCGCAAAGAAGGAGGCCAAGAAAGUGACCGAAGCCGCCAAGAAGCGCGACGAGGUCAAUACUGCCAAGAAGUCCGAAGAAGACGAUAACAAGACCGACACCUCAGAGGUGCUGUCUAGACCUUUAAGUGUUAUUAAUAUAUUGUGAAACUUACAAAUUUAUGUAAUUAAAAACCUAGGGAUUCAUGGUGGGGAGUGUUUUUCUUGUUUAAUUUUUAAAUAUUAAUAAAAAUUGCCUAAAUAGGCCAAAACGGUUCAA